UAGAUUCACAGCCACCACCAUCCUUGAAUUGAAUUGAAUACAUAUAUUCCUGUAUAUCUAUAUCUAUAUAUAUUUACAGUAACCUCGAAUCAAUCGAUCAGAGUGUUGGGUGAGAGAGAGAGUGGUGCAACAGAGCAGAAACAGAAUUUGGCUUCUGUAUGUCAGCAGUAGAUUGUACGCACUGCAGUGGAUUUAGUCAGCUUGCUAACCCUUUACAAUGGCCUCAGCUUCGAAAACGACGUCGCAUUGUUCCGAUCAUGAUGAUUCUAUCUCAAUCCCCCGCCGCCAUCAGAUUGUCCCGGCCUCCGCUUCUUCCGCCGAUGUCGUUGUCGUCGAUGAUCGCCCCCUUCCGAUUCCCAAUUCCGUGAUCACCUCUUCUUCUUCUGAUCCUUCUCCUUCCACCAAAGGAAUCCAAGUCCUCACAAGGGCUCAAACCAGUCAUCCUCUUGACCCUUUAUCUGCUGCUGAAAUCAAAGUAGCCGUGGCAACUGUCAGGGCAGCUGGAGCAACACCUGAGGUCAGAGAUGGCAUGCGAUUUGUGGAAGUGGUUCUUUCAGAACCUGAUAAAAGUGUUGUAGCACUUGCAGAUGCAUACUUCUUUCCACCAUUCCAACCAUCAUUGUUACCCAGAAGCAAAGGAGGAGCUGUAAUACCUACUAAACUUCCCCCAAGGAGAGCUCGACUUGUUGUUUAUAAUAAAAAAUCAAAUGAGACGAGUGUGUGGAUUGUUGAACUAUCUGAGGUACAUGCAGCCACUCGAGGUGGACAUCAUCGGGGAAAAGUCAUCUCAUCACGAGUUGUCGUAGAUGUUCAGCCUCCUAUGGAUGCCGUGGAAUAUGCUGAAUGUGAAGCCGUCGUGAAAGAUUAUCCUCCCUUCAGGGAGGCUAUGAAGAAAAGGGGCAUAGAGGAUAUGGAUCUCCUGAUGGUUGAUGCUUGGUGUGUUGGAUAUCAUAGUGAAGCUGAUUCUCCUAGCCGUAGAUUAGCAAAACCACUUAUAUUUUGUAGGACAGAAAGUGAUAGUCCAAUGGAAAAUGGAUAUGCACGUCCAGUUGAAGGCAUAUAUGUUCUAGUUGAUAUGCAAAAUAUGAUAGUACUAGAAUUUGAAGAUCGUAAGCUUGUCCCCCUACCACCAGCUGAUCCAUUGAGAAACUACACUCCUGGCCAUACACGAGGUGGUGUCGAUCGCAGUGAUGUGAAGCCUCUACAAAUACUUCAGCCUGAUGGACCAAGUUUCCGUGUCAGUGGGAACUUUGUGGAGUGGCAAAAGUGGAAUUUUCGUAUUGGUUUCACCCCGAGAGAGGGUUUGGUCAUACACUCGGUUGCGUAUGUUGAUGGUAGUCGAGGUAGAAGACCGAUAGCUCAUAGAUUGAGCUUUGUGGAGAUGGUUGUGCCCUAUGGUGACCCAAAUGAUCCACAUUACAGAAAGAAUGCAUUUGAUGCUGGGGAAGAUGGGCUUGGAAAGAAUGCUCAUUCUCUUAAGAAGGGAUGUGAUUGCUUAGGAUACAUCAAGUACUUCGAUGCUCAUUUUACAAACUUCAUCGGAGGUGUUGAAACAAUCGAGAACUGUGUAUGUAUGCAUGAAGAGGACCAUGGGAUGCUCUGGAAGCACCAGGAUUGGAGAACUGGCUUGGCAGAGGUCCGAAGAUCCCGAAGGCUAACAGUUUCUUUUAUUUGCACUGUUGCAAACUAUGAGUAUGGCUUCUAUUGGCACUUCUAUCAGGAUGGCAAAAUUGAAGCCGAAGUUAAACUCACUGGAAUUCUCAGCUUAGGAGCAUUGCAGCCAGGAGAAGUUAGAAAAUAUGGUACUACCAUUGCACCGGGAUUGUAUGCACCAGUUCAUCAACAUUUUUUUGUUGCUAGAAUGGACAUGUCGGUUGAUUGCAAGCCUGGAGAAGCGCAUAAUCAGGUUGUUGAAGUUGAUGUUAAGGUUGAAGAACCAGGAAACAAUAAUGUUCAUAACAAUGCAUUCUAUACACAACAAACAUUGCUUAAAUCUGAAUCUCAAGCAAUGCGGGAUUGUAAUCCGUUAUCUGCUCGUCAUUGGAUCGUUCAAAACACCAGAACUGUGAAUAGGACCGGACAACUGACAGGCUACAAACUUGUACCUGGUUCGAACUGCUUACCUUUAGCAGGUCCAGAAGCAAAGUUUUUAAGAAGGGCUGCCUUUCUGAAGCAUAAUCUGUGGGUUACACCUUAUGCAUCUGGCGAGGAUUUUCCUGGAGGGGAAUUUCCAAACCAAAACCCACGUGUUGGUGAAGGUCUGGCCUCAUGGGUCCAGCAAAAUCGCUCUCUCGAAGAAACUGAUAUUGUCCUCUGGUAUAUAUUUGGGAUCACUCAUGUUCCUAGGUUAGAAGACUGGCCUGUGAUGCCAGUGGAGCAUAUUGGGUUUAUGCUUCAGCCACAUGGGUUCUUUAAUUGCUCUCCGGCUGUGGACGUUCCUCCUGGAGCUUGCGAGUCAGAUGUGAAAGACAGCCAUGUUAAAGAUACAAUUUCUCCCAAGUCGGUGACAAAUGGGUUAUUAUCCAAGCUUUAGUUCGAUCAUCCAUCUCCCAACUUGUAUUCCUUUUUAUUUUAUUGUGUCUAAGUUUAAGUUGAACUAUGUUAGACAGAAUGUUUUAAAGUUACUGGGUUUCCAAUGCUGUCCUUUUGGUGAUUGUAUCUGAAUCAGUACAUCUUUUAUUGGGGUUUUAUUUUUAUAGACUUCUGUUGAAGUUCCAA